AUGGUCUAUAUUCCGCCAUGCAGAGAACCCGGGUGUCUCCUGUCUGCACCACCACAAAACACCAUCCCAGGCUCACCAUAUGUCACCAAGGAAAUGGCAAUAAGCUUCAUCUUCGCGGCCAUUGCGCUGGCACACUCGGCUCAAAGCACAGCACAGUGCUACUGGAUGAAUGGCACAGAGGCAACAAAAGACAUGCAACCGUGCAAUCCCAACCAAGCCGUCAGCGCAUGCUGCGCAUCCAACAAGGCUCGACCAGAUAUCUGCACGACGCGUGGCAUUUGUAUUUCUCAGGAUGAAGGGUAUACGGGCUUGGCGUUUGCCAAUGGUUGCACUGAUCCAACUGGAAAAGACAGAAACUGUCCACAGAUCUGCGUUGGCAAGCUGGAUUCAUCGAUUUUCUCUAUCAAUGUUUUAGCAUGCAACAGCGGUGGCCAUUACUGUUGCCGAGACGCAAACGACCACAAGAAUUGCUGCGACAAUGCCUUGGCCCAGGUAGAAGUUGAUCUAGGAGGUCUCUUCAUUCCAGAGCCAAAGACGGUCACAACUGCACCUUCCGGAACGGCCGCAACCACACCCACAGCGGCAGCCUGUGAAUCGAACGUAACCUUGAAUAACAAUCUGACGGGAAACGCUUCCUGUCCUACGGAUAAAGCGGCUGUUGUUGGCGGAGCAGUCGGGGGAGUCUUGGGAGGUGCACUCCUGGCCGCCCUAGGGGCAAUCGCAGUAAUGCACAGGCAAAGGUCAAGGAAUGGCGAAAGAGGUCCGAAUGGGACUAACACAUCAAAGAACUGCUCUCCCGACUACCAUUUCAAUGAGUAUAGCAAUGUUCCGCAGGAAUUGCCGGCUUUGCGGUCCGCCCAUGAGCUAAGGGGAUGA